CCGACCCCGCCUCGCCCCGGCCGCCCCAGCCGCUGCCGCCCCCCGAGCCCCCCGCGGGCCCCGGGGCCGCCCCCCGGCCCGGCCCGGCCCCGAGCAUGCUCAGUGCCGCCCUGACCUACUUUCCCCUGCUGGAGCCGGCGGCGGCGGAGCGGCGGGCAGCGCUGCGCACGGCACGGCGUGGCACAGCACUGCGGCAGCGCCGCGCUCCGCCCGCCCCGGCCCCGGCCCCGGCCCCGGCCCCGGCAUGGUGCUGCGCGGGGCGCGCUGAGGGCACGGCGGCGGGCGCUGCCGCGGGGCGGCGGCGGGAGCGGCGGGCGAGCGGCAGCAGCCGGCGGGCAGGGUAGUCUCUCCUAAGGUAAAACUCAAUUUCAGAAGCGCCCUGAGGGAGCAACAAUCUAAAACUUCAGAGCGGUCUUGCAGUAACUAUCAAAUACGGCUGCGUAACGGGGCAGAUCCGAGCAGCAUAGGACGAGGGAGCUUAAGAGAACAGAGAGCACUACUGAGCAGGCACUUCCCUAGUGCGUUGCUGGAGAGGCUUGUAAGAGACUGCCCUUGCGAACAGUCCGCUUUCAGUUGUUAAACUGAAGCAUCUCAAAUGGAGCUUCCCCGAUAGCCCAGCUCUGGAAAUACAAGUACCAACCGUGUAAGCGAGGCUAAACACUAACCGCGACCUCAUUUGGAACAUACAUGGAAAAGUACAUUCCCAGGAGUGACAUGAGUAGGAUAUUUCAAACAUAAAAUUGCACAGAUCAAAGUAGAACUCUCCUGUGACCUCCUCACCUCAAGGGCCUGCGUUCAACAGAACCGAUCCCAGUUCCCAGCCAGUUGCGUAUACCACUGAAGGAAAAUGAACAUACUGAAAAGCCACCACUUUUUGUACUUUCUGCCCACCACACGCCUUGUCAUCUUAUUAGCAGCUUUGACGACUGCUGAGGAUGUGACUAAUAGCACUUUCAACCGCACUGACAUGAACACGGGAUCUGUGCCUGUGGUGAUCUCCCGCAUCAACCAUAUUAUAGUCAAGGAGGGGAGUAGUGCCUCAAUCGACUGCAAUGUCCAGGGUAGUCCUAGUCCACAUUACACAUGGUACAAUUCCAAUGGUCGCCUGCUCCGAGAGGAGGAGAAUAAAGCAGGAAAGUGGUGGUUUCAUGACAAUGGGCUACUAAACAUUACCAGUGUGUCUUUCGAAGACAGAGGUAAAUACACGUGCGUUGCAUCUAAUACAUAUGGCAGUGUUAACAAUACUGUGACGCUGAGGGUUGUUUUUACCUCCGGAGAUAUGGGAAUCUAUUACAUGAUUGUCUGCCUUGUAGCUUUUACCAUUGUUAUGAUACUGAACAUUACUCGGUUAUGUAUGAUGAGCAGUCAUCUGAAGAAAACAGAGAAAGCAAUCAAUGAAUUCUUCAGAACAGAAGGGGCAGAGAAACUCCAGAAAGCCUUUGAGAUUGCAAAGCGUAUCCCAAUUAUCACUUCAGCCAAAACGCUCGAGCUUGCCAAAGUAACUCAGUUCAAGACCAUGGAAUUUGCUCGCUACAUUGAAGAGCUUGCUCGGAGCGUACCUUUGCCACCGCUUAUCAUGAACUGCAGGACUAUAAUGGAAGAAAUUAUGGAGGUUGUCGGUCUGGAGGAGCAAGGACAGAAUUUUGUACGGCAGACAGCAGAAGGCCAGGAAACCACUGAAACAGAUGAGCUGUAUAUGAUCCCAAAUGCUUUGAAGCGCAGUGACUCUCCCACAGCUGACUCUGACACAUCAUCACUGCAUGAGCCAUCUCAGCAGAUUGCAAUAAAAGUGUCAGUUCACCCGUUGUCCAAAAAAGACUGCAUGGACGGUCAGUCACAAGAAAGCAUGCAGUUUGACACCAAGGAAGAAGACACUCCUCAAACACCAGCACUUCCUGCAGAACCCCCUCCUGAGCCUUCUGCUGAACUCAGUUCUGAUGACACAGCAUUGGCAAAUGACAAAAAUACAUGUGUUAUAUAUGAAAGCCAUGUAUGAUAGUUACUCCUGAAUCUAUGCAUAGCAGGAAAAUCAGGUGGAGCUCUUUUAAAAAUACGUAUUGUACUUGCCGCUAAGCCUUACCUGGAGACUAUCAUAGCAAAAGCAUGUAUGUGGAUUAUCUGGCACUUUCUUCUCAGUUUGACUUUAGUUUACCAUGAUGUAUGGCAGAGUAAUUGCUAUUACAUUAAUAUUAAUUGCUCUUUUCAAUUAGGAGUAUUUCCAAGAAACAUUUACCUCAGCAUUUUCUAGGUUGGAGUCACCUGUAGUGGCCUCCUGGAAGUCAUUGGUAGUCUUUGAUGUAGGACACUUGAACUUACUAAAUAUAAAACUGGUUUUCAUUUUCCUCCUUCACUCUUGUUAUUUCCAUCUCUUGCAUUUUUGCAAAUAUUAUCAUAUGAAUUUGAAAUAUUGCCCAAGGGGCAGCACUCCAGUAGCCAAAUAAAAUCCUAAUAGAUCCCAUUUACAAAGCCUCUUUGCUCAGCUGCAUUGUGAUUUAGAGGACUAUUAAAGUUAAAAUGUUUCCAUUUCAUUUGUUACCACACUGUUCAGGAGCAUGGGAAGUAGUUUUUCCUUUUCCAUGGAAUGAAGAUACCAACAAUUGGGGUUUUUUCACACAGAGAAGCAACUUCAAGGUGUAUUUCACAGAUGGGAAAGCCCAUAAACAUCUUACAGAAAGCUGAAGUCCAACAGCUCUGCAGGGUUUUUUUGCAUAUAUUUGAUCAUUUUUUACUUUGUCAGAAGUUUAUAUGGCAAACAGCUGCAAAUAUGCAACAUGUCCUCUUUUGUAGUAAUUUGGUAGGAGUAAGUAUGCACUCCUUAUCAGAAGAGAUUGAGGUUCCUUAACAGUCCUGCAGAUGCCAGUAAUCAGCUGAUGACAAGGCUCUAAUGGCAGAUGAAUCUUUCAUUUGGAUUCUCAAUUUUGUGCAGAUUCAUAUUCUGAAGUUCAAGCCUAAAUUCAUCUAUUAGCAUAAGUUUGAGAGUGUUCUACCCAAACUUAAAAAAAAUUAUAAUCAAAUGUCCUGUGAAAUUACAAUGAUGAUCACACAAACUGUUUACUGUGUCAUGAUUGCUUUGGUAUUUUAAGAACCUCCUACCUAUGUAGGAUGUUCAGCGCUUGAGCACAUGUGACUCUACCCCAAUAAAGCUUUAAUGAUCACAGUGAUUGUGGCAUUAAAAAGAAUCAACAUUUAUGCCAGGAAAUGCCAGGAGUGGAAGGGAAGUUAUGAUUUCUGUUGCCAGACACACAAUAAAAAGGACCUUCUCCAGAGUGAAUCUGGAAAGAAGGCACUUACAAGGAGGAGUUUGUGUAGGAUUAAUAGCAUAUUACUUAAUCAGCUGACACACAUUUAAUUUGGAACUAAUGAACAAACUAUCACCUUACAGUUUUUAAGAACUGUAGUGUAGGUAUAGCUACUCAAAAUAAAUCUGGAAUCAAGUAUAUUGCAGAAAAAAUCAUUUAAGUCUAUGGGGAGAUGAUGUGUGGAUGGCUCUCUGGACAUUUUAUUGAAGUAGCCACAUAUAUGUAAGUUGUCCAUUGGAGGCAAUCAGGUAUAUUAAACGCAUGGGUAAUUGAGACCAAACAAAGUCAAUGUUGCAGCUGUCUAAAAAAAACCUUGAUAAUGAACUGAGAUUUUAUGUCAACUUAUUCAUGUUAAAGUGCAGAGCUUCACUAGCAGUGUAAUACAGGAGUACCCCAUGACUUACGUAGGUGAUGCAGAGAUGGCUCCAUAUUUACCUUUCUAUGUUUAUUUAAAAAAAUACAUGUUUAAUAACGGGCUUGGGAUUUUGCAACCAACUUGUGAAAAUGACACCAUUUAGUUGCCUAAUAUUGCUUUGUGCUCACCACAGUGGCAGGCAUCUAUACAAAAUGCAUUUGCAGAUGCCCAAAAGGAAACAUGCAAGUGCAAAGUCCCUUUAGUAAUGUGGGUGGAAAUAUUUCAGUUCCAGCAAAGCAAUAUAGAUCUAGAACACAGGGUAGAUUAAGAGAAUACCAUAAAGAACCUCACUUCUGACAAGUGUGAUUGAAAAUACUAUUGAUGCAAACUCUUAAUUUCUUGUCUGAAUCCAAAGUACAUUUCUGUUCACUGUUCACAUCAGUUUUUCAAGUUACUUAAUGUGCUUCUGGUAUGAAAAAGGAUGAGGGCAGAAACAAAAGCAGAAGCUUGCACUGAAUUCUUUCAAUUCAUCUUAACGUCCUGAGAAGAGGCAUCUUUAUUUUUUUGCCUGUCCAGCAUUUACAAACAAUGCUCAUGCAUUCUAAAGUUACCUGUGUGGUAUCCAACUGAGAUUGCAAAGACAAGCAAGGAUGCUCUCCUUGAAAGCAUAAAAAUAAGUUUCAAAUUACACUUUAAAAUAGAAGAACAAGUUUCAAAAUUAUUAAACUACAGCAUUUUAAAUGUUUGGGGUUUUUUAAUUAUUAACUUUUUACAGUAGAGACCAGACCCCUUCACGUAUUCAUAUAGUGAUUGGUACCAGGGAAUUCUGAUUCUGACUGCUGCCCUCAGACUGUCCUCCAGCCUGUUUAUUAUUUAUUUAUUGAGAAACAUUUGAGAGGAAACAAGCCCCAUUGUUUUCUUCUGUGUGUAAACUUCCCUGAAAAUACAGAUUAUGUUUUUUUUCCAAAGACUGCCCACAAAGAGCAUGUGUUCGAAGUACGCACAAAUGUACAUUGCAAACGACGUAUAAGCAACAGUGAUUUGGAUUAGAUGCAUGUAAUAGGUGUAGUGCUGAAUUCCUGCUCUUGCAAGGUCGAAGGGAACCUUGUCUUUGCUGGAGCUGGACUCAAAACAGAGAGUUCACAGGUAGAACUGCUCCCGCCAGGCUGCUAUAAAUUCUUUAGGGAUUAACCUUUGUGGUAUUACCAGAAUAAAAGCAGAACAGCACUGUAUCUGAAGAAAAUACAGAUUGGAAUGGUUCUAGUUUAUGUAUUUUUUUCUGUUUUCAUGUAUGCUGCUCGGUAUCUUUAUGCAUUCAUUAUGUAACACCUGUAAGCAGCUUUUUACAUGCUUUCAGGCACGUCCUUUGAGGGAGAUAGAUGGGAAGCAAGACCCAUACCCAUCUUUCAUGUUCCAAACUUUCUGGCUGUGAUAUUAUAAAGUAAACAAUUCAUGCAGUAUUUCUAAAGGAAUGGCUUUUUUAUGGUGUGAGAACACAAUUAGCAAAUAGAAAAUUAGUGAUGGCUCUAAGAAAACAUUAACAUUUGCGUUGUUACAUACUUCCAUGCACCUUAAGCACUUCGGGGACAUUAGUGUGAUCUGUUCCCAUCAUUGGGCUAUGCACACCUUUUGUUACAUUGUUCUAUUUAUUACAGCACCAAACAUGAUGAUUCUUAAAACAUUCAGAAUCUGGAAAAUCCAGUCCAACUGAAUGUUUUUUCUAAAAGCCUAAGGAACACCAAGCCAGGUUUAGAAAGGAAAAGAGAUUUGCAGGAUGUAUUUACCCCAUUUAAAAGUAUUUUUGCCAAAACUUCAUGAAACAUGACUAGAUUUCUGCAGCACAAGAAAUCAGUGUUGGAUUUGAAUUUUACACUAACUAUUCUUUUUUCACUACAUGUAAGACCAUAUUAAUCAGACCACUUGAACGUAGUACUCAUCUACUUACUCAACAUUUUCUUUUUGAGCAGCAUUUAUUCACUGCUGAUCCUUUUUUGUUCUCUGAUUUGAGUAUGCUUGUGAUGAAUCCUACCCUUCGGUCAUUUUCUGAGAUUGCAAAAUUUGAAAGAACCCAUAGAUCUGCAUUUUUGUGCAGGUUUAUUGGCAUUCGGUAAUCAUAAGACUUGCAGAAUGGCAUAUACAGGCAGAUGUUUAUUUUUUAAAAAAAUCGGUGCCUGUUUUAUUCUAAUGUACAUAUUAUAUCAGUUCUUUGAUUUGCAGUUACCUUUUGACAAAAGUACUGUAACUUAUAACCAGGGCUUUCUGACAUUCAGUUUGGUUCAGAUCACCUAAUUUUGAAAAGUGUUAACAGUGUUGAAUUUUAAAAGUUCUCAUGGAAUAUCUUGGCAGCAUGCUAUUUUAAAAGUUGGUCUUUCAAGUAUGCCAUACUUAGGACAAAUGAAAGCUUCUUAGAUGCAAAGGAAACGCUUGCACUAAAUUAGUAUCUUAAGUUCUGUUUCUUUAUUAUGAAAUCCUUUUUGAUUUUACAAGAAAUGUAAGACGAAUAUGAAUGUGUUCUUUUGAGAAGCAGUUACUGUAUUUUGAUUUAAAUAACUGUUACAAUUUUAUAGUUCAUGGCCAUAAACCACAAAGAGAUCAGUUCAUGCUGAAGUGGCAAAAUGAAAUGUGAUUCAGCUUGUAAAUUGAUCAUUGUUUCAAUAAAGAAUUUGCACAGAGUA